AUAGUAGCAUCUGACUAACUGCAUGCAGGUUAGAGAUAAAGUUCUUUAUUAAACUACGUUGGAGACCAGUUAGUGUGAAUAAAACAUAAUAUAUUUGUUUACUUUAAUUAGCUAUAUAGAUCAAAAUUUAUGAAGCAAACACUUUUUAUAAAUUUUAUCCAAAUCUAGUGAUAGUGUGGUUUAUUUAUUAAGCUUAAUAAAUUAUUAUGACAUGAAUCGUGUAGCCUGCCACCGGCUAGAAACGCUGAGCGCUUUUUUCGCAUUUUUAUAAAUUAUUCCAUUCACACUUCGGAUGGCCGGUAUCAUUCAUUGAUGAUUUUGCAUCUGCAGGAAUUGACAUUUAGAAAGAAAUGUUAAAGUUCUUCAAAAGACAACCUCCCAAAGAAGGGGAGGAACGAGAACGGCUUAAAAAGGAACUUUUCAAAUUUCAGAAGGUAGGUCUUUGAGAUUAUUGAGCUUUGUAACUUUUGUUAUAACUUCGUAUUUGGGGGUUGGAUGUUUUAGUUUUAGGCUGGGACACUGGGCUUGUUGGUUUCAUUCCAUCUUCAUAUUUCAUUUAGGCAUGGGAUUUUUUUUCGUUUAUGAAACCAAUCAAAUUUAUAAAUAUAGCCUACGGUUGUAUUAAUUUCAAGGUAGUAAGUUUUAAUAGUAGGCAUAAUUAAAGUAAAGAAAACAAAAAAAGUAAAAAUUUUGAAAAGGGCUAAAAUGCCGUUGGUGGUAGGGCCGCUGGCGCUCUUUUACAUUGUAUUUUAUUAUUAUUAUAGUACAGUGGUCUUAUAUAGUGCGGUUCCACAGCCUUGGUCUGGGCUCACCGCACUUCACACAAAAAUUUGCAAUGUUAAACAUGACAUUAAAAUUAAGUGUCUGUUAGUUACAUAAAUUUAUUUUAAAAACAUUAAACAGCUUUGUAAAAUAUUGACCUUUCCCACCCCAGAACUAUUUACCUGUCUAGCCAUUGGCGGCACCCAGCAGUAUCGAGCAUCGUUAAUGGGUUAGAGGGGGGUGAGAAUGAGUCGGGAUAGUAGAGUGUAGAGUUUGAAGAGAUGUGUCUUGAGUGCAGUUUUGAAGGCCUGGAUGGUCAGUAUAUUAUGGAUGUGUAAUGGGAGAGAAUGUCAUUGUUUGGGGGUAUCAGUUCACUCAUACUACAUAACAAACUUAUCCGGUGGUACUGGAUAACCUAAGUUGGCCCUGCUUUUAUGCAAGUAUAAUUAAUCUUUAAUAUCAUAUGUAAUAGAAUGAUUGUUUUCUUUGUAGUUCAGGAGGGUUAAAAGAGUUUGGGUGGGCUUACAUUAUUAUAUUUUUUAGAGGAUAAACUAGGUAUUUCAAAAGACGCACGCGCAUCCCUUCUGCGCAGUCGAAAAAUCACGGAAAAACUUGAGCUGCAAUAUAGCUAUACGGCAUAGCGAGGGUGUCGUUUUUUUGCGUUGUACGUCACUGUUUCCUAAUAAUAGUAUUUAAAUUAUCGGUGACGUAGAGCACAUAUUUUUCCAAACAUGUGAAUACCAUAUUUGCAGCAUUUAGAAUCUUGUGACCGGUAACGCAUUUAAUUUUUCAUCGGUAUGUACGUUAAUUGCUUAUUACUUUUUAAUGUAAAACUCAAACACAUAGUGGUUUAGCCCAAUACUGCUUCAUUCAUUCACACAUUUUAAUAACUUUACUUCAUUAAAAUUAGCUCAAACGCACAAAAGUUAUGCCAAUCCAACUGGAAGGUGUAAGAAAAUAAAAUUGUUAGUAGUCACCCGAGUCAUCCCCCCUCACAAAAAAAAGUGGGUUGUCGGAAAUGGUUGUUAUUACCAAUUUAACUUAAAGAUAUUUUCAUUUAUUCAUUAUAGUUCAUCUUUGAUAAUCCGUGGUAGACUAAUUAGUUAAUAAAGGGAAAACUGUUUUACAAUAUUAUUAGAAAGUAGUACAACUUAAUAAAUUAAAUAAUUUUAAAUAAUUGUAGUUCGUGUAGUCCGGUGAAUUUCGGACUUGUUUUGUCCCUUGAUUUAUAUAAUUAUUAUAUGUAGUAGUAGUAAUACUACUACUAUAAUAUAUAAUGCUAGUUAUUAGUGGUAUUUAUAAAUUAUAAUUAAUGAUAAUAACAAAAUAAAAGCAGUUGCUACCACUAUUAAAAAUAUACUAUUAUCAAUUGUAAUUCCAAUAAAAUAUGGUAAUGCAUAAUUAUUUUUUUUUUCGUACAUAUUUAUUUUUUGUGAAAAUUGCGUCACUGAGUCACUGUGACUUGUUUAAAAUUAAAAUUAGAUAACCUAUGAAUUAGUCUAUAACAAGUUUAUUAAAAUAAAUAAAUAAAUAAGACUCUACAUCAUCAUAGUAAUUAUAUCAAACUAGGACAGAGGCAUAAGAAAAUGUUAACAUUUAUAUCAACAAUAAUAUAUUUCUAAUUAAAUAAACAAAACAAAAAAAGGAAAUAAAUUUAAUAAAAACAUCACUUGAAUAAUAUUAAAAAGAAACUAAAAAUUGUAUAGAUUCAGAAUUAUGAUUAGUAUUUAAUGUUAGGCUUCUUUUGGGUGGAAGAGAAAAUUUUACAUUUCUGUUGCAAACUUUGGAAUUCCUUCCAUGGCCCAUAUCCAAUAAGGCGGAAUGUUUGGAUGCAGAUGGCGGCGACAAAGUUUAUGAAGGAAAAAUGUGUGGGUUUCAUCAACAAGACAAAGAAGUCACUAUAGGGCAUUCUACCCGGAAAAUGGCAGGCAGAAGAUCCCCAUUACCUUUUAAAUAUUUAAUGACAUACUCCGAUAAGGGUAUGCUUGUAAUUAGUUUUAUGGGUGAUAUUAGUAUUUGUUAUAUAUAAUUACAUGCGUUCAAUUUUAUAUAUAAAAAAAGACUACUUACCUUUUUAUAAAUAUAAUGAUUUAAAAUUUAACACAAGCAUAAUAAAAUUAGUUAAAAUUCAAUAAACAUGUUAUUUUUUUCAAUUUUUCCUGUAUAAAUAAUGAUUUUCCCAAUUUUUCUGUUCACUUUUUUCUGAACAUACCCUCGAUUAAAUAUAUAAAAAAAUAAAAGUCUUGAUGUUAUAUAAAAGUUUUGUUGUUUAUUGUGUUGUAUAUUGCAUUGAGAAUGUCUCCUGAAAGUUUGGUAGCAUUAUCUUUUAAAAUAAAAAAGUUGUGGACAAAAUAAAGCAGAAAUGUGGAAAGUUGGUCACAAGUUUUUUCGUUAAAUACAAAGAUAAAUAAAGGGGUUAAAAAAUUCACCAAAAAAAUCAUAACUUUUUUUCCAUAAAAGAUAGAAAGAUGAAAUUGGUGUUUUUGCAAAGCUUAUAGCGAGCCCUUUAAAAUGGUGUAUCAUUUGUGGCUAUUGGACAAUAUUUAAAAUGUGUGUCAAAGUACCUAGAUAAACAUUUCUCAAAACCCAAUAAUGUAGAAAUGUAAACAUCUAUUCUAUACACACAGUGGCAACCACAUAGAUAUUUCUUCUUUAAAAAAAGGGAAGGUCUGAUUCUGAUUUACUAUUUCCUAAACAUACAUUUUAAGGGAGUGGAUCAUUUUCGUACUUUUAUUUUAAUAAUACAAAUGUCAAAACUGGAUACUGUUAUAUUACUUACAUGGACCAUUGAUGAAAAUAAGUAGAUUCUGAAACUUUGCAAUAGCAGUUUCCCAAAUAAAUUUGUCAGUUUGCAUGAACAUUUUUUGGUUUUUAUUAGGCCUAUUAACUUAAUAUUUAAGAAGUGUUUUAGUUUGUGUUUCUAAUUUUCUAUGUUAUGUUUCAGUGUGUGGAACAUGGAUUUCCAACUAAGCCCAGUGCAUUGGCGUUUGACCCAAAGCUGCAGCUUCUUGCCAUUGGAACAAAAUCUGGAGCUGUUAAGAUGUAUCUUUUUGAAUUUUAAGUGCAUUGAAGUAGAUACUUCGAUAAAACAAGGGAGACUACUACUUUUUUUGUAUCGGAAAUAGGCGUCGGCGCCGAAAAAUCAGAGUUUUUAAUUUUCCGAUGUGUGUGUCUAUUUAUUAUUAAAUUAGUUAUUUGGACAUAUAUUUGAGUUCCGUUUCCGGCCUUAUAAUUUGGAAGACAUCUUGCCCUACAUUUCCAUCCAACUAUUUUGCUUUUUUCAAUCGAACUUCAUUUUGAAAAUCUUUGGUAUAUAUAAGGCAUCUUCAAAUACAAAAUUUUUUGUGAAAUCAAAGGAACAGGUCUUUCAUAUUAAAUCGUGUAAGGCAUUAGAUAUUGAUAUAUAUCUGUGCCAAUUCUCAUUGAUGUAGGUCGUGUCCCACGUUCGCUACGCUUCUCCCAGUGACCCAUAUCACCAUAAGGGGGCUCAGCCUUAUUGCGACAUGGCGUGGGCCACGCCCCCUUUUUAAUGGCGGAAGUUGCCGAUACUUAACUCAAUCCCUCCUGCAAUGCUACUUCCGUAUUUAAUUUAUUUGCCUGAGAAAGGGAAGUAACCCCGUUUGGAAAUUGUUUACAUUUUUUAAAAAAUGUAUUUAAGCUACUAAAUAUUAUUUAAUGUUAAUGAAUUAAGAACAAAUGCAACAAAAAAUUAAUAAGGUUUAAUAUAAAUAUAACAUUAGCGGGGAAAAAAUAAUGAACAAUGACCAAAAAAUCGAUUUUCGGCACCUCGGACGAACACAUGCUACAUAUAGACGCGCCGUACUAAAGCACACGUAGUUUUAAAGCGAAACAAGAUAAAAACUUCCGGUUUUUAAAUUAAAAUCACGCUGAACCACGCCAUCGCCGGAGGUCUCGAGGGAUGCGAGAUUUCAUUGCUAUUUUUAAAUAGAUAUGAGAGCGGUGUGUCGCUAUGCGCCGGGACGCAUUUGGACGCAUCCGGCGAAUCCCGAAAAGACGCAUUUAGUCGCAACCGUCGGGAAUGAGUUAAGAAAUAUUUAAUUAUUACCACUAUAUACAUCAAAAUAUUUGAUAACUUGUGUUUCAUAAUGCAUUUUGAAGACAUUUAAACUGGAAUGUUUUAAUUUGAGCUUUAUAAACCCUGUAGAGUCCAUAUUAUAAAUGAUCAGAAAUUUCCGUGUGCUACACGUUGUCAUUGGCAACCAUUCUCAGCCACUUGCAUAACGGUUAUAUCGUAGUACUAUCUCAGAGUUUCAUUCAUAAGUGUUUGCCGUGUGCAAAAACUAUUAAACCUUUGGUCAGGGAAAGCUUUAAUUAAUUAUUCAUGUGCCAAAGUUGAAAGUUUAAAAUAAAUCGACCCUAAACAGUAUUUUAGUGAUAAGGGAAUGCCUUAGCUUUAUAUAAACUAUAUAGUCAUUGCGCAUGACGUGAUCGGCGGAAUGAGGUCACAGAAUGUGGAGAUGCAGUCCAUGUUAAAAAAGGACAAACCAAGUCGUACUUUAAAAAUUCAUAACUUUAAAACUACAACAGCUAAAAAUAUAAUUUUGGUGUUAUAAUUCUGUAAAAAUUUAGCUCUAUUCAACUAUGCCAUUGGUUUAUUUUUACAAAAUGUUUAAAUUUUUGACCAAAGUAUCUAAUUGAAGAUAUAAAAUAUAUUCCUAUGUAACAAGCAAUUUUCUACUACUUAGAUAUGCCUAUAUUUUUCUUGUCAUUAAAAUGUUUAACAUACAGUCUAACCCACUUAACUCGCCAAUUCUGUUCGACGUUUGUGAUAAGUUCAACGUUGAACUUCCAAAUUCUCUCUUUGUCGUGGCAUUUUCUCCUUGGUUAUGCUGACGAACCCUGAUAUCUCGAGCGCAAAAGGUGACCAAAUUUGCCACUUAACCUCUGUUAUCUCGGUCCCCCAUGACCAAUCGCCGGCUUUUGAAAAUUAUAUACAACAGAAACGUGCCUACUUCAAACUGUUGUAAUUGAAAAGAAAUUACAAUAUCCUUGUCAGCGCAAUUAACUUGACACAGCGAGGAGUGAGAGGCUUGCAAACAAAAGUCGCAAUACCUGGUUAUCGCUUAAUAUAGGCUUUCACACAAUCUCAGAUUGUUUUUUUUUUUUAAACCCAGAAUCCUUAUUUGAACAAACUGGACUGGAAAAUCCAGAGCGAGAGAAAAUAAAAAAUCACGAACCCGGGGCUGAAAAAUAUUUAGCCUCGCGAAUCUGGAAUUCAGGGAUAAUCCGGAAAAGUGGCACCCCACAUAUCACGGUAACGCUGUUGUGUUAAAAAAAACAACAAAAGAACCUCCAAGAAAAUAUGCUUGUACAUCUAAUUUAUAAAUGCACAUCGUGUACAUAAAGAAAUGUCAAGCACAUGUUAAUGUAUUGUUGCCAUAUUGGUUUUCGUUAAUCUCGAUCAUUGGUUAUCUCGGUGCUUUUUGGGCCAUCGACAGAACCAGGUUCUACUGUACUCAUAAUCCUUACUUGCUUUAUAUUUUGUAAUUUUUCUUAACAAUUCUAAAGCUAUGGCGCCCCAGGUUUUGAAGUUUCUGCAGUGCAUGAAGGAGAUGUUUCGGUCACAAGCAUGUUUUUUAUUCCAGAAGAGGUAUAAAUGACAAUCCCUAUUUAAAAGUAUUAAUUAAGCACGUUACCUUAGAUCCACACUACCAGGUGUUUAAGUGGUGUUUCAUUAGCAUGUCCUGCUCUGCCAUGUCUAAUGCUCACCCAUCACCUAAACAACUUCACCGGCUGUUCAUGGAGUGUGCUUGAGUCAUAAGCGUGCAAUAUUAUUUUACCUCUGCAUUCAGGCUCUUUGCUUAUGUUACCCAAGGAGUGCUCGUUUAUUUCUUUCAUACUCUGAUAACAUUUGCUGCCUGCUUGCAGGGACACAGUAUUUUUUAUAAAUUUAAUUUUAUAUUAAUUGCAUCUCCUGUUUGUUUUUUGUAUGUUAAUUAUUCCAUUUUUAAAUAAUUUUUUGUAGGGACGUCUUAUCUCUGCCUGUAGUGACAGCUCACUUCACCUUUGGGAAAUUAACAAUAAAGGUGGCACUAGUGUUUUAGAAGAAAAAAAGUCUGAUGGUGCUGAAUCACUGUGAGUCAAAGAUUCUGUUAACUCAGUCUAUUAUAAUGCCACUUUGUUUUAUUAUAAUUGAUUUGUUACAUUCAUGCCUUCUACUUUUGUGGAAACAAUAGAAAUAGUCCAAUUGUUUAUGUCAUUAAUGAUUUUAUUUAAGAUUUGUAUUUUCUCAACAGCAAAGUCAAGAGCAUGUCUACAUGUAGUAUGAGCACAGACUUUAGCACUCUUUAUGUUGGUACAGAAACUGGCAAUGUUCAUCUAAUUGAUGUUAAAACUUUAACAGAAGUAAAUGUCAUCAUUUUGGAUGCCAUCAUUCAAAAGUAAGAUGUACUCUUGCUUCAUUAAUUAUAUAUUCUAAUUUAUAUAUAUAAAUAUUUUAAUUAUUUUGAAUUCUGAAAACAAGCAUAAAAGAAGAUAUUGGGAGGUUGCUGAGGGACAGAGUAUAUUAAAAACAACUUUUCUUUCACACUUUAAACAUUAUGCUCCCACAAAUCUGAGAAAAAAAUUUGACAACAAAGCCUUAAGUCAGGAACACUCUGCAGUUCACUCGGUUAAUUCGUCAACAGAAGACAAACGCAACCAAGGAGCGCCUGGUCGAUUGGUAGUGUUGCCUCUACAAUAUCUAUUAGAACUUCCUAAAACAUCCGAUUAUCCAACCCUUUCCAUCCCGGUGUAUCAUCGGACGCCCUCUAGGUUUUCUUCAUUAUUUUUUACCCCAUGACAGUAACUGUGACGAAACAGUUGCCUAGAAACGGUCCACUCACAGCUUGUAUAUCUUUCACACCCAAAUCAUUUGAAGAGUAUUCUUAGAAAAGCUUAUUUUUGUUGGUAAAUUGGAUUACUUUUUAAAAAGUCAAGAUUCCACCAACAUUCAUUCAUAUAUAAUUUGAAUUCAAUUGCUUAUGCAAAUAUUUAUUGCAAAAUGAGAACCUUGUUUAUAUAAUUUUUCAGUGUGUCAGAUGAUUUUAAAGUAAGUCCGGGGGCUGUGGAGGCCAUUGCUAGCAGUCCAGUUAAUAAUGAUAAGGUAUGUUUUGUUUUGUCUUUUUAAUUUUAUUUAAAUAUUUAAUUUCACGUUUUAAAGUCAAAUAUUUGCCUCCCCACAUCUGGGUGGAUAAGUUUAUGUCUACUUAAAAUGUUAAUAAAUUCAGCCUCCAUUUAUUUAUGUAACUUUGUGCUUGCACCAAAGCCUGUAGAACAGGUUUUGCUUUAGAGGUAUGCAUAUUUAUUUUAAUGGCAUUAACAUUUAUGCGAAAUGUUUUGCAUAUAAGCACUUGAAGUAGUUGUCAUUCGAGCAUGUCAACACCAUUUUUACUAUUACAGUAUGGGCAAUGAUGUGGACAAUAGGAAAGAAAUAAGUCUAAGUGUAUUGACAAUUAUAAAUUUAUUGUACUUAAAUUUUAACUAGUCAUCUUUCAUUUGACAUUACAGAUAUUGGUUGGAUUCAACAGAGGGUUAAUAGUCUUGUGGAAUACAAAGGAUAAUGUAGCAGAAAUUAAUUUUAAUGCCUCACAGGUUUGUAAAUAUUUGCUUCUUCCUGUUCACUGAAUCUCAAGUUAUUAACUGCUUAAAGAUGCUGUGACAUAAAUAGUUUUGAAUUAUUAUUAUUUUACAGACUAAGUAGUCCAAACCAAAAUUUGUAUUCAAUUAUCUUUUGUCAUGAUAAUGUUUUAUUCACUUGAAGCCUCCUACCCCAGAUAAUAAUUUGCGUCGGCCCACCCACAUGCAGUCUCGCCGGUAUCCUUUUUUUUUUCUUGAUCGGACAGAAACCCCCUUUGAAAUCAACCAUAAUAACUUUUUAAAAUCUUAUAUUUAUAAAAUACAAUAACAUAUCAAACAUUAUCAUGUCUUAAAAUAUGUUUAUCAAUUUUUUUUAUUGCUAGACUGUCCUCAAUUAAAUACAAUUUGUCCGAUCGACAACAUGACUCCCAGUCAAGUUCACAAUCAACACAAUGGUUCAGAAUCUUAAAAUGUAUAGAAUAUCUGAAAAAAUCUGUUUAAUUCAUUUCUAACCAACAUUUUCAGUAUUAGUAUUAUAUGAAAGUUUAAUUCUCCUGCUUACUUGUUGAUUAUAGCCUCAAACAUGGCUAAAAAGCUCCCGCCGUGACGCUGGUACUUGUUGUCAAACGCGCGGCUAGUGCUAGCGGUGUGGAACUGAAAAUGCGGGUGUUUUUUGUAAACAUCGCCGCUUCGCCCCUAUCGUUCCCACUCAUUUGAUCUUAUGAUAUUAAAUAGUAAGAAGCCUGAGCUUUCCAACAGUGUAAAGAAAGUACUAAUAUCUUUGUGUCCUCACCCAUUUUUCUUAUACAAAAGUUUUCAACCGGCUUUUUCAAAGUGCAAUAAGCAAGGUAGAUAUACUUUCUAUAUAUCAAACGAAAGCCCAUGAUCCCUACUUUCAAAUGGUGGUAAAAUUAUGCUUCUCGAUUGAUUAGGCACGGAGCGCCGCUCAAAUAACACGAGUCAAAACAAAAAUUUUACGGGCACAUUUUGAAAGUCGCUGCCGAAAUUUUGUUAAAGAGUUAAACUUUAAUCUCAUAUUAAUUUUAUUUGUGUAUAAUUAGUACAAGUGAGUAAAAAAUCCAUCUCAUAAACAAUAAAAAUAGGGGAAAAGACCGAUUUUCCUGGUUUGGAUUAUCAUGUGUGCAAAAGCAAAAUUUUAGUACUUAAAAAAGCAUUUGAUAAAUCUUAACUCUUUCUCUCCGGAAUUAUUUUCCGCGUUCUGACGGAAUUAUCUAUUUUGCGUUUUUGGAACACACUACUGUGUUGUCUCUAAACCUUCAUAACUUUUUUGUUUUUCAUCAGAAAGUGCUAAGUGUGGUAUGGAUUUAAAGGAGAAUGUAUGCCCUUUACAAGCAAACCAGACUUGGGUUUACAUUUUAAUAUAUAAAUGUGAUUAUCAUUUCAGAAAAAUAAAAAUUUAAGAUAAAAAACUUACCAACUGUUCUCAAACGCUCAUUCCAAGUCACACGAGGAGAAAUAUAUAUUCCAAAGUGUAACAAAAAUGUUUUUUUUUCUGAACUAUAUCCAUAUGUGCAUCACAAAUAAUAAAGAUCAACUUAAAAAACGAAUAAAAUUAAACCUCAGAGCACAUUAUCCAUUGUCACUGUCACACAAAAAAUUUGCGAAAAUUUUGUUACUAUUUCCACUGGAAACAAUUUGUUGCUAUUACAAAAUAUUUGCACUGUAUUCUUGUAUGUACUAACAUUUAUAAUGGUAAAUGGAACAUUUACAAUACAUUUGUCAUAUCUUUUCAUCUGUAUUUAGCUAUGCUAAGCCUAAAAACUAUUCAUAUUGAUGUGCACUUUAGCUGGGGGAGGGGCUGGUUGUUCAUCAGCUGAUGAAUUACCAAUUUCAUUAUUUCGUCACUAGUACUACUAAUACUAGUAGUACUAGGAUUAUAAUCAUAUACUAUUCAAAGGAAUCAGCUUCUGCAUUUGAAAUAAUAAAAUCACUGUCUGAAUCAUCAUCAGAGUAAUAUUUUCCACCUUUAUUUGAUGGGUCACCAGAUGGGUCAGGUCAAGAUUUCAUGUUUGUAAACAAAAAUACAAUGGACAAUCCAAACAACCGCUUCAAACAAUUCGUUCUUCGUUCAAACACAGUAAAACCGGAUGUUUAUGAAAGGGAAAUCAUUCUAGAAUUGAUUUAAAAUAACUAAAUACCAAUAGCUAAGAAAAGAACCGAAAUAAACAGGUUUUUAUACAUCGACGAUACGCCAAAAUCUUCAUUUCAAAUCGACGAUGAGAGCAUUGUUCCGGAGAGAAAGAGUUAAGAUACCUGUUCCUAUUUUAAUUUGAAUCUUAGUUAACUUUUAAUUUUUAUUUUAUGCAAUAGGUUAUUUGGUCUCCAUAUUAAUUUGAUUAAUUCUCCAUGCUUUAAAUUUUAUAAACAGCAACUUGAGUCUCUGACAUGGCAUCGAAAUGGCGAGGAGUUUAUCAGUGCACACAAUGAUGGUAGUUACAUCACUUGGAAUGCUCGAGAUACUGAACCAAAGGAGCCUGCAGCCACACCUUAUGGUUAGUUUUCAUUAAGACAUUGACACACACAUCUGGUUUGCAAUAUUAAUAAAUCAACUUUGGAAAAAUACUUUUAUUCAAGUUUGUAUAAUUUUUAAAACACCUGUCUGUGAAAUGGAACAAACGACUGCAAAAGUCAAGGAGGUUUUUAUGUAAUCUUAUGCAGGGCCAGUUUGAUGCCAAAAUGUCACUGAAACAGACUUGAAAGUAUAUUCAUUUUACUGAUAUUUGUUUGACUUAGAACUAUUGAUGAAGAAUUUUUUAUUUAUUAUUUAUGUUUCGAUAAUAACUUUUUUCAAGACAAUUCAGAAUGUUUUUAGUUGUCUGAAGUGACCAUUUUUUAAAUUUGGCUAUUAGCUCAUAAAGGUUGGAUAACAUUGUAAUAGUUACAUUUCUGUCUCGGAAGUAAACAACUUGCUUUAAAUUACGUUUAUUAAUCAUUGAACAUUUAUUUUCAGGGCCAUUUCCAUGCAAGGCAAUUAAUAAAAUCCAGUGGAAAAUGACAAAGAAGUAAGCACCCAUUCUGUAAUUUGCCUUAGUCAGUGAUCUUUGUCAAUGUGUUAUUCUUUAAAUGUUUCAAACAUUUAAAAAUCUGUCUUUUAUACAAUAUACAGCAUUUUCAUGGUCUCUACACAAUUAUUUGGCUGACAAUGCACUGACAACCAAAUACUCAUAAAGAAUGCUUUGAGUUUUAGAUGAAUUAUUCAAUAACUCUUCCCUAUAUGUUAAAAAUAAAUUUCUUUUUAAUAAUCAGUGAACCACUCAUCGCCUUUUCUGGAGGUAUGCCCAGAGCCAGUUACGGUGACAGACACACAGUGAGCAUUAUGCAAGGAGAAAAUCAUGUCGUUUCUGAUCUUACAUCCAGAGUCGUUGAUUUCCUGAUAAUUUGUAAAGCAGAUGAGAAAGAUGCUAUUGAAACAGGUAUGUAUUAACAUUUGAGUAAAUUCUGGUGAUUUAAUGGCUAUGAUUUAAUAGCUAUGAUUUAAUAGCUAUGAUUUAAUAGCUAUGAUUUAAUAUCUAUGAUUUAAUAGCUAUGAUUUAAUAUCUAUGAUUUAAAAUUUUAGUAAAUUCUGGUGAGUGACAAACAAAUCACCAUUCCUUAAAAGAUAAGCAUUUUAUUCAGGGUUUCCCCAACCUUUUCAAGGACCCCCCCCCCCCCACCCCAAAAUUGUUUCACCAAGUUAAAUCUCAGACCCCCUUAAAAAGAAACAACGCAUUUUAACCCUUUACGGGGCAAAGCGGCCAAAAACGACUUUACCACUUAUAGGGCAAAACGCCCAAAAGCGUUCGUGUCGACAUAGUGUUGUUUUCUCGUGACCUCCGAGGCUUUACAAGACUUCCUAUUGUUUACAUCCGGUUUUUCCAAUAGCUCAAUAGAGUAGGCGCCAGUUACAAGUAUUUAAUCGAUUAUUUUUUUGUAGUUUUAUGGGUUUAAAAGAAAUUUUUUUUUUCGAAAUGUAUUUUGCCGAUUAUUUGCCUUUAUUAUUCCAUUGAUUAGCGGAGAUUUCGCUGGAUUCAAUUUCAGUGACAUUAAGUGCACGAAUUGACUGUAAAUUGGAACUAGAUAUUAAUAUUAUUAAUAAUAUUAGUGAAAUCAGCGUAGUAAGCAGUGUUGAAUCUUACAAACUUCGAUUUUUGGCAGUGUUUGUCAAUAGUGAAUAGAUAACUCACAAUCACAAACAAUAUGUUGUUUUUUUGCAAAUAUUUGUGUUCAUAUGAGGAUUAAUGGCAAAAUGUGAGUACAAUAAUAAAUCUGCAUUCAUUUUCCUUUAUUUUGCUUUUUAUUUCACACAAAUUUGUUGACUAACACCUUAGAUUUGAUUUUUUUUUGUAACGUAACCCUAAAUCUUAACUAAAAAAGCGGAAAAGUCAUGCCCGUUCAUGAAGUUCCUCUGCCAUAAGGAAAAAUUGGAAUGUUGUUUUUUUUUUCAAAUAAUUUUUUUAAGUUAUUAUAGCACAAUGAGAACUCUAGAAAUGAGAAAAUAGCUUACAGUUUAAACAAAUUUGAAUGGACAAAUAAAAAUAAAAAAUAAAAUUAUAUUUAAAGUCAAUGGUUCUUCUGUUCUAUUCUAUAAUAUAUCCUCGUAUCCCAAGAGAUGCCCUGGUUGAAUUAGAAUUGAAAAUAAUUCAGUGGUGCGAAAUUCUAUUCCAUAUUUCAGACAGGGAUGAUCCACAUGCUCUGGUGAUUUUAGCAGAAGAAGAACUGGUUGUUUUGGACCUGGAAUCUGAAUCCUGGCCAAGCUUCAGACUGCCUUAUCUCAACAGUGUUCAUUCCUCAGCUAUUACAUGCUCUCAGCACAUUAGCAAUGUACCAGAACAGUUGUGGCAAAAAAUGACAGAUGCUGGAGAUAACCAAAACAAGAUCCACUCUAACAGGGUAAGUAAGAACUGAUGAUGAACAGCCUUAACUCUCAAAAGACUGUAGAUUUUUCCAUUUUUUAAUGUCCUUGAAUAUAUCUUAUUCUUCAAAGUGUCUCAUGACUGUAAUUUUGUAGCUACCUCCAAGUAUUAUAUAUGAUUUUAAAGGUAAUUGAAUGCUCUUUAAUUGAUACUUGGUGUUUGUACAAAAUAUCCUUGCUAAAUUUGAUGUUUUAUUAUUUUUGGGCAAAAAAAUUAUUUUUUUAAGUCGACAAAAAUAUAACAUCACAGUUUUACAAAGAAGGAAAAAAAAAGUGUUUCCAAUUAAAUCAAUAAAAUUGAUAUUUUAUUAGAAUCUGUUCAAUACUAUAAAACAUAUUCAAAUUUCAAAAGAAUAGACUCAUAAAUAAAAAAGUUAUGACUAUUUGUAAAUAACAUAUCAUUCAAGGAAAUAUUUCUCAAAAAGUCAAAAUUAUUUUUAUUUUUUUUAAUAAUUUUUUUUUUCAAAGGAAAACAUAUACUGCAUCAUAUUAUCCUUUAGAGGGUUAUUAGUAAGUAUUAUUUGAGAAGAAAAGUGAAGAAAAAAAGGCAAAUUUUAAUAAAUAAAUUUUUUUAUGCAUCCCCGAGAUACCGAUCAAAGGAUAUAAUCCUUCGCCAAGACCAUGCAUAAAAAUUCUUGAAAACAAUUUCUUUAUUUAUUAAAACAUACAAAUGUAUCAAAAAGAAAGCCUGUGACAUAUGCUCUGACCAUUUUACCCUGUUUUGGUAACCCACAAUUACAUUUUUUGUUAUUGUCAAUCAUUGUCAUGUUGCGGCGCACGAUGUAAAGAUUUCGGGCUUUACAGUAUCAGGUUCAUCAUCAAAUAUGUCAAUUGUUCCCUAAAUUGUUCAUUAAUUGCUACAUUUUCUUGAUGCUGAUACAGUUGAUUGUAUUUUGCAUUGAGAUACAGAAGUGUCUCCCAAUUUUGCACAGCAUGUUUCCUUUAUUUUCAGUAUCAGAAACUUUUAGGAAACUCAAUAUAGCCUUGAAUAUGUCCUUAGUACUAAUGGCCUUGCUCAUUGUCCAUCAUAAAAGGAUUUCCUGGACAUUUCUUGUAAAAUUAAGAGCUUGAUAAGUCCUGCAUUCAUAAUAAAUCCACUUAGUAGCUAACAUUCCCCUUCAAUGAUGUUAUAAUGGUACCAAUUUUUGAAAACACAAAAGUUCUGCAGUCCAUUGUCCUGCGCACAAGGCUUACUAAUAGCCAACCAAAUCUGUAGUAAAGUGGUUGAAAAUGUCAAUUUGCUUUUAAAAUCUCCUUAUAUCCUCUCUUGUUAUAACAUCAGGAAGCAAUAGUGCUUUUCACCUCUGGUCUAAAUGCAGCAAAGAGUCCCACAGUCUUUUGUCAUCAUAACCCAUUGUAUUGACUAUGUUUGACAUCUGCCCUUCAUAGAUGCUGUCAAAAUAUAAAAAAAAAAAUAGUUUAGCUAAAAUUAAAAAAAUACAAUAUAAAUAAAAAGAAAUCAAAAUAAUAAACAAUCUGCCUAAAUUACUUUUACUUCAAGUUUUCAUUGAAAAGGGAACUCAGCUGAUUGUUACAGUGUAAUAAUAGUAAAUAGCCUUGGCCUUGAGAACCAUUGUUUACAUUUUGCUAACUGAAACGUAAUAAUAUUAAAAUAAUAUUAUAACUACAAAUUAGUUUCAAACAAAUAAAUAAUUUAAUCUAUUUAAGAAUUUUAUACUACUGGAACUUGAAUAAAACUAAUGUUAGGGCUAAUAAUAGUGCUAAGAAGUAUCACAGUAUGCGUGAGUUGAGUAUGAAUGAAAAAAGUAAACAAACCUUGGAUGCUAUUAUUAUGAUGAUAAUUUACAGAAUUCUCGGUAUCAGACACAUCUGAAGUGCUAUCUUCAUCAUAAAUAUUCUUCUAAGUAAGAAUAGUCGUCCAUUUCAAGCUUAUAAUCAGAAUCAGACUCCAUAGCAAUGUUUUAGAGUGUAGUAAAAGCGAACCGGAAUGGUGGCAAAAUAUGAGUAAAUGGCGAAAAGUAAAAUUUAUGAAUGGAUAAGUUGCUACCAGAUUUCUUCAAGAACUAGUAAAAUAAACAAUUUUUCUUUCUUGCCAAAUAGAAAUUUAACAUUCCAAAAUAGUAAAUCUUUAUUGUCGCCUUUUAAUAUUAUUUUUAUAUAUAUUUUAGGGGUCAUUCUUUUCACCCGCCAUAUAUGACAGAUUUUUCAAUCUCCCGUCUUUUGAGAGUUAAGAGCAGAUUUUCCUUUACAGAAGUAAAAAAAAUUUGCAUGCAAUUUAAUAAAGGGUGGCAAACUUAUAUAAUAGCUUGUUUCAAUAAAGAAGAUAUUUUUGAAAAAAUGUAAUUCCUGAUAAGGUGUAAACGUUUUAAAAAUUUUUUAAUCUAAUUAUCUUGUUUUAAAGUACCCUGCAACAUCUUUCAAAAGGUUGAUGUAUCAUGAAAAUCAUUUUAGUUUUUAAAAAAAAAUGAAUAUAAAAUUUUUUGUUUAAGGAAUGGCCUAUAAAAGGUGGAAAGAACCUGACACAGUCUCCAGUUUCAAAAGACCUUCUUCUUACUGGGUAAGUUUUUUUUGCACAACGGUGCUGAUUUAUUAUUAUUUUGAUCAUUUUAGCUAAAAAGCGGUGUUAAUAAUUUGAAAAUUUUUCUUCUUUGAAAUUUAGUAUGCAAGCAAUAAAAUAAUACUUAAGUGGGCAUAUUGACACAGGUAUUAGAUCUUUUUUUUUUCUAUUUUAUGCACUUCAACAUGAAUAGUCAGCAUUUUGUUUAAUGAGCUAACAGUUUUAGAAAAGUUUACACGGGUUGGGUGGGGGGGGGCAUUAAACAUUUUUAGCUAUUUGGUGGGGCAUGGGCUAAAAAAAGGGGGUUAGCUUCUUUUAUUGAUCCAAUUUAAUGUUUUUAGAAUUCAUGUAUAUUUUCACCUCAUAAAUAAAUCUAUAUCAUUUUAACCUAGACAACGUUUUACAAUUAGAACAGUUUAAAAUAGACUACCAAAAAUGACACCCGAAUAGGAUUGAGUCUAAAGAGACCCGGGUCCAAAUAGAGGUGAUGCGUUUCCGAUUCCAUUUUGACUAAAUACUAUUCGGAUGUCAUUUGUGGUAGUUUAUUUUAUUUAAACUUAAGAAGUAAGUUUAGAAACAUAUAGUCUAUUCAUUUAUCUUUCAUUUGAUACCAAAUUUUGUCUUACAAACCCUACAAUAAUUUUUAAAUAUUUUUUUAUAAAACCAAACUCUCACUUCUCGGAGCCGCAGCCUUUUUUUGAAAAGUCUUACAACAGCAUUUUCUGGGGUUGGAAAACAUAUUUAUUAAGUGUUAAGUUGUAUUAUUUUAACAUAUGUUUAUAAAUAAAAUUAUUUAAUUUAGUCACGAAGAUGGCACUGUUCGAUUUUGGGAUGCAUCAACCUCAAGCCUUAGAUUGCUUUACAAGCUGAGUACUGCUCCUGUAUUUGGAAUUCAAGACCAUACGUCAGAUUCUCAUAGUCCAGAAGAUGAAGAGUGGCCUCCAUUUAGAAAGGUGGGUUGCGUUCUGUGGGUUUAUGUUUUGUUAUUCGAUGAGAUUUCCUUGUAGAAUGAUCUUUUAAGGUGCAUGUAAUUCUAAAAGCACAUAGCACAUUUUCAAAUAUAUCUGACGUGCACAGAUAGCUUUUCAAAGUCACCAAGAUAUCUUUUUAUCACAAAUAGAAUUAAAGAUAUGAAAAUUGUUUGGUCAGUUUUUUCUCUCACUGAUAAAUCUUAAGAAUUAAAAUAUAAGGUAACACUAACUUUACAUUUUCAACAAAAUCCAACAAGAGCAGCAUUAUAAUUAUUAUUAGAGGGUGGGUGUGGGAUCCAAUUAUUUAAAGUCCUUCCAAUAAAUUUGCAAUCCUGAGAAAAUAAAGCAUGUCUGUAUCUGAAAAGGUAUUCUUAUAACCCCAAGUCAUAAUAAAUACAUUAUGUAUUAUUUUUAAAUAUAUUUUUAGAAUGUUUAUAAUCACCUCUGUUAAAGAAAAUCUACACAGAUUGAAUUUAAUUUGAGUUAGUUUGAAGAGAGCAUCAUUUAUUUUUGAAGUACUAUUUAUUUUAAUUCUCUAAAUUGAUUUGCCAGUUUUCCAAAAUUAUACUUGUACUUCUUAAAUUGAUUAACAUUAUUGAAUGCCUUUAAAUUUUACUUUCCAACUAUACAUCUCAAUGAAGUCUGCUGGACUAGUUAUACAUAACUAAGUGUUAUCACCAAUCCCUUACUACACUUAAAUCAUUCAUACUCAGUGGUUCUUACAAAUUUUUUAGCUGACACAGCAUGAUAUUUUGUAAUGUUUUUCGAAGCCAGAAUUGCAUAUAGCUACUAACUGAAGGACCCUACUUACUACAUACCAGAAGCAACGUACUUGACAUGAAGUGUAUAUUACAAAAUGCUGAUGCUAAUUCUAACUAUUCCUGUCAUGAAUGCACUGAUGAGUCAGUAUUUGUACUUUUUAUAUAGGUCGGUACUUUUGACCCAUAUACAGAUGAUCCAAGGCUUGCUAUUCAGAAACUUGCCUUAUGUGCACUAAGUGAAACCUUAGUGGCAGCUGGUUCAGCUGGACAAGUGCUUAUCUUCAACAUGGAAAGGCAAGAAAGGGAGCAAGACUUAAAGGUAUCUUUCUGCAUAUUUAUACUAUUAAAAGCUUUAUUCCACUCCUGCAUUACACUUUUUUCUAUAGCUAAAGACCCGCAUACUGCCCCAUCAUGCUCCUUUUGCUGCAUUAUGCUCACUGGAGCAGUUUGAUUUCCAAUCUGUUGAAUCAGAAAGUUAGAUGGUUGAGCAUAUUGUUAAAAGAUAUUUCUGAAACAAUAUUUAAAAUUGGUACAUCAAUAGUUUGAGGCUUGAGGUGGGCGACAGUGAUGCAGAUAUUAACAUCAAAUGUAAUAAUAGAAUGGUCAUUAUAUUUAUAAUCCUAUUUGAUAAAUAUUAAAAUUUCAUUCGUUUUAUACUUGAACAAAAUUCAAUACAAAAAGACUUCCCUUUUUCAUUUUCAUUUCUUUGUUUUAAAAAUGUAUAUUUCUAUUUGCCUCUUGCAUAAAAGAAGGUUAAAGAAUUUUUUAAUUUAUUUACAGGAGUGGGUUAAAAUAACGAAAAUGGUGUAUAUUACAUAUAAGUUAUUUUAAUUUUGAUAACUUGAAUCAUUAUCCUCAUCUUUUUGACAGGUGGUCAAAGUAAAUAUCAUGAGUGAACACGAAGGAUUUGUUUGGAAAGGGCAUGAAGCCCUUAGUUGCAAAGUAGAUGAUCUAAAAUACGCUGCAGGAUUUCAACCUACAUGUAUUAUGCAACUAGACCCACCUGCUGCAUGCACAGCCCUAGCACUUAACUCAGAGUGGCAGCUGUAAGUAAAAGCAAAAUUCAGCAAAAAAAUAUAUUUUAUAUUUAUUUCUUAAACUCAAGUGAAUGUCUUUGUACAUAUUAUUUUUUAUUACAAAUAUUAAUUUUUUUUGUAUUUUUUUUUGUAUUGGAUUAAGUCUUCAUUGUACAACUUUUGAAGGCAAAAGGAUUGUGCAAUUUCAAAUAUUCUUUUCUUUGCAGUGUUGCUGCUGGUACAGGCCAAGGAUUUGCACUAUUGGAUUAUGCCCAGAAAAAAGAGGUCGCCACCAGAUGUACACUUAAUCCAAAUGGUAAGGGGAAUGAGGCGGAUAUCUCAUUAUCAAGUUUACUUGCUUAUAACAGGCUAUUUUAAUGCAAUUAACUUUAGUAUCUUUAUUAAUUGAGAUAUUAUUAUUUUUUUUUACCGUUAAUUAAACUUACAUAUGAUAUUAAGAAGGUAUGUUUAAGGAAAUGGAUUUUAUUUCUGCAGACCUGCAUGGGACUUCAGAAACAGCAAUGUCUCGCAGAAAAUCUCUCAAGAAAUCACUCCGUGAGUCAUUUAGAAGAUUGCGCAGGCGGCGGUCCGAAAAAAAAGUAAAAGAGGACAGAAGCAAGAAAGAUGAUAGCAAAAGGUAAGUUCAUUGUUAGUUGUAGUUUCUCUUCCUGUUCAUACCUUGAGAAUCAAAGUUGUAUGAAAGAAUGCAAUGUAAUAAUUAUCCUCAUUACAUUAUUAUUUCAAGAUUUUAUUAUCGCAAUCCCUCAUAAAUCUUAAAGUUUUUAUAACAGUUUUGGGACAAAAAAACUGAGACAUUCAUCUUGAAUAGCAAGUGUAAAACUGAACUUCAAAUACUAUACUUUGUUCUUAAAUGCACAGCUUAAUUAUAAUAAAGAUUUUAGAUUUAGUUCUUUAAAAAAUAUUUUAGAUUACCUACCCACGUCUAUUUCAGUUUUUUAAUUCCAACUUUCCUAUUAACAGUCCAACAGAACACAUUGAGGAAACACAAGCAACCACUGGUACCUCUGCUUCUGCAGGUGGUGCUAGUCCUGCUGUUGGAGCUGGAGAUUGCAAACCUGAAGAAAGACAAGUUGAAGCACGUAGUGGAGAAGACUCUAUGGCUUCCAUGGUGCGAUGCCUCUACUUCGCUGAUACAUUCAUUAUUAAUGGUAUAUACAGAUUAGUUCACCUUUUAUUAAGAUUCACCUUUUUCCUCAUCUAAAUUCUUUUGAACACUUUCUGAUAAUUAAAAGGCGACUUUUUUUUCCCAUAUUUCAAAUUAUAAUUUUUUAAAUUUUUUUUGCAGCUGUUACUCAAAAGGUAAAUUAACAGCUGUUUUUGUAAGGGCUAUUGUUAAUCCCAUGGCCAAGUUCUCUGCCAUCUUCCAACUGUUUUUUUUUACUUGGUGUUUACCUCUUCCCCGAGAAAAGCUGUCAUACUUCCAUUCCACUUGGUUGUUUAACCACAGUUAGGGAUGACCUCAGAUCAAUUUGAACACACAAUAUCCUAGAUGAGAGAACGGGGACGCUACCAUUACACCAAAUAAAUGAGUCUAAAUGAUAUAUGCCCUACUAUCUGCCUAAAUGUGAUAAACAUAUUCUAUUUUGUUACACUAUUUUGUUGUUUUUUUUUUCUUAAAAAGAGUGGGACCCUUAUGAAUUCAUAUUAGUAAUUUAUAAACCAGUUUUGAAUAUAUAUUUUAUCAGGUUUUUAAGUGUAUUUUUUUCAUACUUUGAAAUUAAAUUUUUUGUCUUUCUUUAGGAGGUUCUCACAAUCCAUCACUCUGGGUAGGAACAAAUGGAGGGCAUAUCUAUGUCUAUAAUUUAACCGUUCCCCCAUCAGACAAGCGGACAUCAGAUUAUGUUGCAUGUUUGUUAGCAAAGGAAAUCAAAUUGAAACACCAUGCACCAGUUUUGAGUAUGGCUGUUAUUGAUGGUAAAAAUACUGUCCUGCCUGAUGCUUUUGAAGUAAUAAAUGAAAGAGCAAAGGCUCCAGACAUGGAAGGUCAGCAUUCUAUCAUCAUAUGUUCGGAGGAACAACUCAAAGUAAGCAGCGUUCAAGUUUUAAUACCUGCUCGAGUCAAUUUAUUUGUUGCUCCCUGAGCCAGUCAAACUUAAAUACUAAAAAUUGCAUUGGAUAAAAUUAAGUAGAAUUGUUUGCUUUGGGAUUUAUGUUUCGUUUUCAUGAUUUACUUGAUCUUUUUCAGACUUUCUCUCUGCCAAAUUUGAAACCUAGAUGGAAAAACAAAAUAACUGCAAUUGAUGGAGCCAGACUUAGAAAAAUCAACUUUGUACAUUUUAGGAGAGAAGGUAUGACUAAUUUUCCCAUUGACUUGUCAGCACUUAUGUCAAUCUUAGUUUCUGUGCUUUGACAUAGAUUUGAAUUGAAGCUUAACAGCCAUUUAAUUGUUGCCAUUUUUACAAAAGAGUGAAUGCACUUUUUGUUCAAUUUGAAGUAAUUAAAACUUAUCACAUUUUUCCUUAGCUGAUACCUACAGUGAAUUUGACAUAGCUUGUCUUACAAAUACUGGAGAUCUGCGAGUUUACUCUGUGUCAACACUAAGAAGACAGCUUACUUUACAGUCAUUAAGAAAAGAAGACAUCAAGUAAGGUUCAUUUAUAACACAGAAAAGCUGCUUAGUUCUUAUUAGUUAUUCGAUGGAUGUUUUUAAAAUUAAAAUUGGAUUGCAUUAGGAUGAUUUGUUCCAUUUUCUUUUUAGUGGAAUAUCUUCUUUCGUGUUCACCAAAGAUGGCCAAGGUUUCUAUUUGCAAUCACCUUCUGAGUUUAGUCGGAUUACACUUUCGACAAGCACAACCACAGCCACACCUAAAUGCGAACUUGAACUUGCUGAAGGUCUCAGGCCACCACCUGAGAUAAAAGAAGAGGCAGCGGGAGGUGCUACUGAUCGGCCAACAGUUGAAGUGACACCUGCUUCAGAGGAGCAAUCCCAAGAAGCUCAAGGGUAGGGCUCUUUGCCUUACAAAAUUGAUUUUAGCACAUCUUUUUUUUUCUUUUCUUUCUGCAACCUAAGUAAACAUUAUUCAAAGAGAAAAAAAAUUAGAGUUUGGUGAAAUUUCAUUUCUUCCCAUCUCAGAAAGUAUGUGAUACAAAUAACGAUCUAGAGAUAAGCAAUAGAGAUGUGCCUUGACCUGUUCCUUCCUCUGGUAAAAUAAUGUGACUUAACAAAUAAAAAAAUCUGCCGUUGAUCUUACAUGCAGAAAAAAUUAUACUAUGCUUAGAACUAACCAAAGAAAAGACAAUGUAUUUGAAUUUUCAUAGUUUUGUAGAAAGAAUACUCUUUUUGGAUUAUUUUUGUGCAAAUGUUUUGACGGUUGAAUACAACCUAGUUAAUCUUAAAAAUUCUGAUUAAAGGGUUAUCAUGAUUUAUAUUCUUUUUUUAUCAAACAAAUUAUCAUUAGGUUUACUUAAUGAAGAAAAGUGGAUCAGAGAUGUAAGUUUAGUCUGAAGCAUAACUAUUUGACACAAGACAUCUUUGUAUGCAAGUCCACAUCGUUAUUCUCCUGAUACAAACUAAUAAUUCUGCACGCUUUUUAUUUAAAAAGGGCUAUGGAGAAAAUUGAAAUGCUUUUACUAAUCCCCUGAGUUCUGACUAAUAAUUAACCCGACUAAUCUCUGUUUUUCCAUAUUAACAUAUUCACCCUUUAUCCCAACACCUUAUUAUUGACAGUGAAGCUGAUGGCAUAGCGGUUAAUGCAGAUGAUUCACACAUGAAUAUGUCAGCAAUGUCAGCAGAUAUAACUAUUGACAGUGUCAGAGAUGUCAUGUGAGUGAGAAUGAUAGGCUCUCAUGUUUUGGCCUCAAUUUCAAGUUUUAAAAUACAGCCAAUAUUUUGAGUUUUAUGAAUGGUCUCAUAUAUAAUACAGCUGACUUCAGCAAUUAAUGAGAAACAUUCUUUUAUCAUUAUAAACUUCAUAAUUUGUAGUUAUCAUCUAAUGCAUUAAAGCAGAUAUUUCUUCAUCUGUUUAAUGUUUAUUUGUAACCUGCUAAACACUGACUUAACACUAUAUAGAAAAAUCUAUGGUUACCUGUAGCAUAACUGAGAUAAGAUUUUCUGAAGACAGAUUAAUAUAUUUUACUGUUAAACUUUUUUUAACAAACUCAUUUAUAUUUAAUAAUAAUAAUAUACCUGAAUAAACAGUAAACAUACUGUACAAUUCAAAAUGAUAGCGUUAUAUAUUUAAUGUAUUCCUCGUAGAAAUUGUAACUUUAAUACAUCAAUAUUUUUAACAUUGUUUUAUACACCUAACACUUUCAGCUUUUUUUUUUUUAUGCACAUACAUUCAAAAAUCAAUAAAAUUUUAUUUCCAGUGCAGAGAAUGAAGGUACCAUAGUAACAUCUGUAAGAACCAUCACACAGACAACAACAUCAACAGUCUCGGAGAGUGCAGCAUCAGCUGCACAGGAGGCUCAUCGGGAAGUCACUACAGGUAUUUCACUAGAUUUUUGUAUGUUCCUCCUUUUCUCCCAAUGCAUGAUUGAAGAUUUUAUUCAAUAGUGAUAAAAUAUAUUUUACAGUUGUUCCUGUGUUAGUUUACAGUGCGAAAUAUUUUUAAAUUGUAAUUAAAUCAACCAGCACAAUAAAUAAUGAUUACACUGCUGCUAUUUUGCAUCACUUUGCAACGCCAUAUUGUAUUCAAGAUAGGACAAUGUCCCUUUUAAAUUUUUAUCUAGGAAUGGCGAUUAUUUAAAAUUCUCAAUUUUUUUGAGUUGACAAAUAGCUCAGCAAUAGGUUUUAUGCUUCCGAGUCAAGAUUUUAAUUUGGUAUUCAUCAAAACUAAGCUGGUAAAGAUUUUCAGACAUUUUAUUUUCAUUGAACUUGCAAGGUGAUGCCUUUUGCCAUUUGAAACUCGCUGUAAUUUUAAGCAUUACCCUUUACCUUGAAAUUGCAAUUUAUCAGAACUUUAACCUUGAAUAUUUUGAUUUUUUGUAGUUGGUCAAGAAAGUCUGAAAUUAGAAUGCUAGAUUUUUUGCAUUGUAGUUUUAAUCUGAAUUUUGAUUUUCUUAAACCUUUAGUAACAAAUGGGCAUACAGAAGAAGGUGAUGGUGUGACUGAUGUCCUGAGAGAAACACAGGUGAGGAAGGAGGUUGAUAGAUUACAUAUGAGAAAUACAUCCCUCUCUUUCAAAACUUAUUGGAAUAGCAUUUCCCAAUCCUUUCUAAUGGGGUUAAUUAUCUAGAGAUAGCAAAGGCUUUGUUAUUUUACAGAGGUUACCUUAAUUAUUUCCAUUGAAAUGUUUAAUUUUGAGAGAUUUAUUUUGUUUGUUUGCCCUUUUAAUGGUUUGGGGGUGGGGGGAAUGUUACAUGUUUUCUAACUCUAAGAUAAUGGGAGGCAAUAGAAAUUUUGGCUCAAAGAUGUCAAAAAACCAAUUAUAUAUCACAAAGGAACACUGGCUCAUGUGAAGUAUAAUAAAUAUUUUUGAAAUGAUAAAAUAUGUACUGGUACCAAUACCAACUUGCACACGUCUCCUCCCCUUCUCCUAAUUGCAAAUCAACUCUUCAUGUGGAAAUGCUGUUCUAAUUAUAUCACUUGCUUUUAGAAUCAAAAUGUUUGUUUAUUGAGAUUUCCUGUCCUAGAUUUGUUUGAAAGGUGCAGCAUGGAUAAAGGGGAGGGGGAUGUAAAAAGUCAUUGCUAGGAAAGUGUUGAAUCCUUAGUUUCCCAAUUGUGUUCAUUACUGUACUGUUAUGUUUUAAUUUUGCUUCACUAAAUUUUGUUUUGGUUAUUUAUUUUGUUUCUUCACAAUAUCCCCAACACUAAACAGGAUCUGCAUGCAUAACAUUUUUUUUUUCCUUUUUAUAAUUGUUAACCCAUUUGCAGCCAUAUGGUUAUCUCAUAUGCAUCCCCCCUCCCCCUUCUUGCUUUAUUUUGUUGCAUUGUCUUGAUAGCAGCCAAAGGGAGGGAUGUUUUUCAUAUUGAGAUCUAGCUUCUUUCCUGACUCUGUCGGUUUAGUAGACCUUUGGCAUGGUCAUCUUUUAAAUUAGAAAUUAAUAAGCAGCAUGUGGCAUUCACUUAAGUCUUUUAAGGGGGAGGGGGGGGGUGUGUUUGAAAAGCUUUUCAGCUCUCUCCUCAUUUAUUGUCCUUUCAUGACAUAAGGGAAAUAACCAAUUUAUUUAUAGUGUCGGGUAACAGUUCUGUCCACUUUGUUACAAUCAUCCGCUAUGUUAUGUUCCGUAGUGCCCCUCAUCACAUUUGAGCAUUUCUAAUUAUUUAUAAAAAUUAGAAGCUGAUGUUUAUAUAUAAAGUCACAUUUAAAUGUUUUGCUGUGUGCUUACCUUGGGUAAGGAGGGCUUGAUGAUUUUUAAAUUCAAUUAGGUACAAUUUUUUUUUUAAUUGCAGCAUGAGAUUACAACCAGGACCAGUGAAUUUGUAACUAAAACAACUGAAAAGGUUACCCAUACUGGUGAGGAGGUCUUGAAGCAGCUAAGUGAGCUCAAGAUGACCACAGCUGUCAUUGAAGAUCCAUCAUUAUUGAAACAAAAAUUGGUUGAGUCCAAAAUGACAACUACUACUACCACCACCAGCGGUUCUCUAGCCACCACCAAUGGUGAGGGAAUUGAAGUUGCAGAAUAAAGUUAAAGCAGAAAUGCAUUGUCAAUUUUAUUCAAUAUUUUUCUGUAUAAAGUGAUUUUUACUGUCAUUGACACUUAGCUGCUGUUCGGUGAUGGUCAGAUGUCGUGGAACCUUCAUUUCACAGUCUUCUGAUAAAAUUAAGUUUUUGGUAAAUGCAACAUUUUUAUUGUGGCUUUUAUAUUUUUGUGUAUUUUAUUGAAUAGAUUUUAAAUAAUGGAGGAACCCUUUUUAUUACUGUCAGCGAAUCUUUUUUUUGUUAAACAUGAAAAAACAUGUAUUUUUUUUAAAUAUAUAUUUUUCAGUUUUCAUAUUUUUUAAAACCAAAUGUGAACGGUGGAGGCAGAGGUAAUGGUGAUGAAAUUAAUUUGAUAUAAGAAUAAUUUGAACAUCAGUUUGGCUAGACUAUGUGUCCCUCAGCUGUGUUCCAAAAUAACACCAUGCAUUUUACACCCUUGGGAUGCUUAUUUUUUUAAAUUUCCAGUCAUAGCAUUGAGAGAAAUUCCCGAAAGAAAAAUUGGAAUUUUGUAGUUUAAUUUUGUACUUGCCUCCCACUACAUAUGACUUAUUACAUGUUCAUUUCUAAAAUGUAUGCUAGUGUUAAAGGUGGAUGACUUGGAUUGCUUGUGUAAAUGGACAUUCCUGAUGUGUUACAAUGUAAUGUUAAAAUUUUUUCCCACUUGCAUUGUUUUCAUGUAUAUUAUUUUUCUUAAACAUUUCCUUAUGGAAUUAAGUGCUGACAAGGAUGGUGUGGACAUUAUUGCUUGCCAUUUUUGUCAGUAAAAAAUGUAAUAUUUUUUUAAAAGUCUAAAAUAAAGUUGAUCAUUCACAGUGAUUAAAAAUUCCACUUCUUCUAUAAUUUCAACUUAUAGCUCCACACAAGUCAACACAUUUCAUUAGUUCUCUCAUUUUAUAUAUCAAGUAUUCAUGUUAACUUUCAUCAAAUAUUUGUCUUACCAAAUUUAUGUUUAACAAUACAUUAAUACUCUUUUUGAGCAUCAGACCUGCCUGCCAAUUAAUCUAGGAUAUUUUCAGUAUUUUUUUCAUAAAAUUAUUUAUAUCUCUAUAAAUUCUAUGAGUAUCAUAGGAAAAAAUGUAUUGUUUGUAGCAACUAUUUUAAAAUUUAAGUUUUCUUAAAUUGAUCAUGUAAAAUUGAUCUUUUUUAAAAAGAGAUUUUAAGUAUAUUAAAAAAGGAUGCUUGUGUGUAACACAAUUUAUAAUUUAUAGGGUUAUUUUUAUAUAAUUUUUACCAAUUUAUUACAUUGUUACCAACCUACAAAACAUUAAUUCAUGAAACAAGUUGUUUUUAAUAUUGAAGAGUUAUGUUCAAUUGUGAGCUUGCAUUUUCUGUACAAAAUAUGUGAUUUGUUUUAAAAUUUCCUUCAGUUAAUUAUAAUUAAUUGUGCAAUGAAGACAUAUUCCUUCAUCCCAAAUUGUUGUAUUCAUAAAUGUAGGCUCAUAUCUGGCACUAACCUUUUACAAGUAUGGUAAAUCAUAUUAAUAUUAUAGAACUAUUUACAUCUGAUGUGUAUUCUUUUCCAAUCAAUCAAUUUGAGAAAUUAUGCUCAAUCAUUUCCCUUCUUCUAACCAACCAUUUACACAAUCUAGUUCACAUUUUAUCUUGUACAAAUUUUAAUAAGAAAUUAUUGUUGUGAAAUUUUAACAUCCUCUUGCUUUGCGUGAUUCUUGUUGCCAAUUAAUUUUUAUUUGAAAUGAUCAUCAAUUUAAUUGAUGAAUAUGAAGUCGCCAAUGUUGUUUUUUUUUUUUUUGCAGAGUUGUGGCAGGAAUUCAAGGCCACUAACCAAGUCUUAGUCUUCAUAAUAAAUCAUCCUUGCAGGUUUUAAUUGUGUAAUUAACAGGCAGCAGUUUUAAUUAAUUGACUUUAAUGAAGUAAAGAUGAGACAUUUUGUUAUUCUCAUUUAAAAAUGGUGGUAUGAAAUUGGAAGAGAAAUGGAUUAACUAAAUUCAGUUAUAAAGUUAUGAAGUAAUUAACUAGGAGGAUUAUUAAAAUCUUAUUUGUGAAAAAGAUCAGAGUUGUUAAUUGUCUCCAUAUUAUGUUAAGAAUAUUAACAAAUCGUGCUGAAAGAGGCUUAACCCUUAGUUGACCCCGUUUCAUUGGAACAGCCAUUUAUGUGGAAAAGUACAAACACAAAUGUUUGAAUGUGAGGGUCAUGGUUUUUACUGCAACAUGCUAGUCAUUUCCAGUGACUAUGUUGACAGUUUCAUCCACGUCUCAUAUGUGCUGGCUUUUCACCUGUACUAACUGUUAAGAUAUAUAAGGUCUGGAUAACAAGCCUUGCCAGCAGUUACACAUGGCCUUAUGUAUUUCUGCUUGUGCCACUUCAGCCUUCUGCGUGGAACAUUUUUGUUCCUUGACUCCAUUGUGCAUAUGUGCUUCUAAUGGCUUUUAUUGCUGCCCAUCCUCUAUAAGUCAGAGCUAGAAUAUUGUUCAAAGCUAUGUAUUUUUUUUUCCAACUUAUAAUUUUCUAUUAAACAAUUAAAAUGUGUAUGAUUAGGC